AGUUAACCCACACCAGUGAGAGCCAAGGAGGGAGGCAAACUGCUGGGCUCUUCCUGUUGUUGAAAAACACCCUGUGCCUGCAGGGGAAAUUUUCCUCCACUUCCUCUGCCUUGAAUGUUUCCCCAAACAUGAAGGCAUUAAGCUUAUUCAUUUUGGUGGGAUUUAUAGGAGAGUCCCCAGGUUUUUCAAGUGCCUCCUCUCCAGUCAACUGCCAGUGGGAUUCCUAUGCCCCUUGGUCAGAAUGCAAUGGCUGUACCAAGACUCAGACUCGCAGGCGAUCGGUUGCUGUUUAUGGUCAGUAUGGGGGCCAGGCUUGUGUGGGAAGGACUUUCGAAACACAGCCAUGUGAACCUUCACGAGGAUGCCCAACAGAAGAGGGUUGUGGAGAGCGUUUUCGGUGUUUUUCAGGUCAGUGUAUUAGCAGAUCUCUGGUUUGUAAUGGGGAUUCUGACUGUGAAGAAGAUAGUGCUGAUGAAGACAGAUGUGAGAACUCAGAAAGCAGACCUUCCUGUGACAUCGAUAAACCUCCUCCAAAUGUAGAACUUACUGGAAACGGUUACAAUGCACUCACUGGCCAGUUUAGGAACAAAGUCAUCAACACUAAAAGUUUUGGCGGCCAGUGCCGAAAGGUGUUUAGUGGGGAUGGAAGAGACUUCUACAGACUGAGUGGCAAUGUCCUCUCCUAUACAUUUCAGGUAAAAGUAAACAAUGAUUUUAAUUAUGAAUUUUACAACAGUAGCUGGUCUUAUGUAAAACAUACAUAUACAGAACAUACAUCAUCUACUCAGAAAAGGUCCUUUUUUGGUUCUUCAUCAUCCCAUUCUUACGAUCGUACUUCCAAAACCGAAGAACUCCAUAAGGAAAAGAGUUAUCAACUAUUGGUUAUUCAGAACACUGUUGAAGUUGCUCAGUUCAUCAAUAACAACCCAGAAUUUUUACAACUUGCUGAGCCAUUUUGGAAGGAGCUCUCCCAUCUUCCCUCUCUCUAUGACUACAGUGCCUACCGAAGAUUAAUCGAUGAGUAUGGGACUCAUUAUCUGCAAUCUGGAUCCUUAGGAGGAGAGUACAAAGUUCUGUUUUAUCUGGAUUCAGAAAAAAUUAAUCAAAAUGGUUUUGACUCGGCAGCUAGGAAGAAAUGUUCUUCUUCAGCUUUCAAGUUUAUAUUUUCAAGUUCAAAGCACAAAUGCAAGGAAGCAGAACAGGCCUUAAAAGCAGCUUCAGGAACCAAGAACAAUGUGUUGCGAGGGAAUCCAUUUGUCAGAGGGGGAAGUUCAGGACUCGUAGCUGGUCUUAGUUUCUUAGAGCUGGACAAUCCUGCUGGAAACAAAAAACGAUAUUCUGACUGGGCAGAAUCUGUGACUAGUGUUCCCAAUGUCAUAAAACAAAAGCUGACGCCUUUGUAUGAGCUGGUAAAGGAAGUGCCCUGUGCCUCCGUGAAAAGACUAUACCUGAAACGGGCUCUUGAGGAGUAUCUGGAUGAAUUUGACCCCUGCCAUUGCCAGCCUUGUCAAAAUGGUGGCAUGGCCACUGUGGGGGGGACCCAGUGCCAGUGCCAUUGCAAACCAUACACAUUUGGUGUGGCGUGCGAGAAAGGGGUCCUGGUAGGGAACCAGGCAGGAGGGGUCGAUGGAGGUUGGAGUUGCUGGUCUGCUUGGGGUCCCUGUGUUCAAGGAAAGAAAACAAGGAGCCGAGAAUGCAAUAACCCAUCUCCCAGUAGGGGUGGGAAAUCCUGUAUUGGAGAAACGUCAGAAAGCAGGCAAUGCCAAGACGAUGAGCUGGAGCAUUUUCGAUUGCUUGAACCACAUUGUUUUCCUUUGUCUUUGGUUCCAACAGAAUUCUGUCCAUCACCUCCUGCCUUGAAAGAUGGAUUUGUUCAAGUUGGUCAUGCUGAAGGUGCCAAGUUUCCUGUUGGGAAAAACAUAGUAUACACUUGCAAAGAAGGAUAUUCUCUUAUUGGAGACCCUGUUGCCAGAUGUGGAGAAGAUUUACAGUGGAUUCUUGGAGAAAUGCAUUGUCAGAAAACAGCCUGUGUUCUACCUGCACUGACAGAUGGCAUACAGAGUCAACCCCACAAGAGUUUCUAUGCAAUUGGUGAGAAGGUGAUCUUUUCUUGUGCAGAUGGCAUGUUCUUAGAAGGUCCCUCAUCCUUUCUCUGUGGCUCCAGCCUUAAGUGGAGUCCUGAGAUGAAGAAUAUCCAGUGUGUGCAAAAAGAUGUCCCUUUGACACCAGGAGUACCUAAAUGUUGGCCCUGGGAGAAACUUCAGAAUUCAAGAUGUGUCUGUAAAAUGCCCUAUGAAUGUGGAUCCUCCUUGGACGUAUGUGCUCGAGAUGAAAGAAGCAAAAGAAUACUGCCUCUGACAGUCUGUAAGAUGCACGUUCUCGAGUGUCAGGGUAGAAAUUACACCCUAACUGAUAAAGAGAGCUGUACUCUGCCUGCCUCAGCUCAGAAAGCUUGUGGAGCAUGUCCACUCUGGGGAAAAUGUGAUGCCCAGAGUAACAAAUGUGUCUGCCGAGAAGCAUCAGAGUGUGAGGAAGAAGGGUUUAGCGUCUGCGUGGACGUGAACGGCCGGGAGCAGACGAUGACGGAGUGUGAGGCUGGCGCCCUGAGAUGCCGCGGGCAGGGGGUCUCCAUCACCCGCCUAACGCCCUGCGCUGCCGAGACCCAGUAGGCUGCUGGGGGCGCUCCGAAGCCACCUGGCUGUUAUGCAGAUGUUAAAGCAUCUGCAUAACCCUGCUCUUUAGACAGCCUUUCCAGCAUGGACGCACAUACUUUCGCCUUCCACCCCAGUUCUGCUUCUCUCCUUAAUUUGUAGUUAUGUGUGUAAACACAACCUUCUGCUCUCCCAAACCUGGAAACCUGAAUCCAGAUACUUCCCCCCACCCCCAACACCUCUAAUGUCAGUCACGUUGAAGACCUGUCAUGUGUCUUUGCAUGAACUAGCUGUAUGUUUUUGGAAACACUGCAAACUUCUCUAGACCUUAAAUUUUUUAUCUGUAAAUUAGAGGAUUAGCCUAAAGAAAGGCAAAUGUUCCAUUCAGCCUCUAAUUCCACUAAGCAUGACAAAUUCACCCCAUGGGCCAGAAGACAUCUCACAAAUGGAUUACGAAAAAAGGAAGAGCACAAUUGCAUGGUUAGAGAGGUUGCUUCCCCAAAUGAAAGGAAAUACAAAGGACGCCUUGAAUGAAACAAGACAGCUGUAAUUAUCUCAUCACUAGUAGUAAUCUCACAAUUCACCUUAUCGAAUCGAGAACUGCAUGGAGGGAUCCCAGGUCCUAUUCUUGUCAGGAGAUUGAAACACUUAAACGUCAGAGCAGAAUUCAUCCUGCCAUGAUCGUGGAGUUGUCAUCUGCCCUUUUGUCUGAGAACAAGUACAAGUCUUCUCUUUGUGGCUUUCUUUAGCACAUGUCAAAUGCGAGACUUGCAAUUUGCUCUUUUUUUGUUAAAGGAAGCAUCAGGUCAUGCCUUAGCUACUGAGUGAUUGUGUAUUUGAGAGAACAUUUUCUCCCAGUGUGGACAUACUCCUAGAGUUUUCAGGUGGUAUACAGGUAGAUUAAUUUGAAGCAUAGGCCUUCUAUUUAUCCCUUAUUCAUCUUUCAUCAAAACAGAAAAAGCAGCUGUAGGAGGUGAAAUGAGAGUGUUUAAAUGGAACUUAAAUGUGCUUUUAUAUACAAAUAAUAUCUGUGUAUUUUUUGAUACCAAUAAGUACAUUUCAAAAAAACUUCAGUUAAAAAUGACAAUAAUUAAAACAUGGAUUGCCGCAAGACAGUA